AUGCAGAGGUGCUUCGGGGUUUUGUGUGUGUCGCUCAUCUUCUGUGCAACUCUCUCUGAGAGCGUUGGGCUGGUCCUCGCGGCGAAGGAGAAGCGCGGCUGGACUCUGAACAGCGCUGGAUACCUGCUAGGUCCUCAUGGAAUAGAUGGACACAGGACUCUGGGAGACAAGGCGGGUCUGGCCGGCAAGAGGACCCUGGGUCAGGAGGAAGACUUCAGAACAGGAGCGCUCAGAAUAGGAGAUGAAGACAUCGUCCACACAGUCAUCGAUUUCUUGUCGUACCUCAAACUUAAAGAGCUGGGAGCGUUGGACAGCCUGCCUCCUUCUGCCAUGUCAGACGAACUGACCAAUCCCUGACCCGUCCGUCCCGACCACGUUCUGACAGCCCUACACGUCACACCGUUCCAGCUCCGCUCACACUCGGACGUCCUCCUUAUAUAUAA